AUGGCUAGUGAUCAAGAAAACUCACAAGAUGCAAAUGCUCCUGAUGAUACUUCAGAAAAAGAAAUUACACGAGGCAUCACUAUUAUGAAGAGUAUCAUUCGUGAUAGAGAUAAAGCAGUAACAUAUAAUGUAAAUUGGAAUGCUGAUAACCAACUAAUUGGGUCUAAUGCUGCAAAGUUGGCAAGCUACAUUGGUACACUUGUUCGUAUGCACAUUCCAAUCACUGCUACAAGAUGGAGUAAUAAAGAGUUGGGUAGCGCUAAAGAUAAGAUUUGGACUGAGAUACUGAGGUCUUUUAACAUUGAAGAUACAACUAUCCGAAAAAAGUAUAUACUUCAAUUGGCCGGAAAAAGACACAGAGGGUGGAAAACGUUUUUAACAAACAAGUAUCUUAAGGACAAAGAAAUUUUUUUUGUUGAAUAUGAUCCGGAAUAUCCAGUGAAGUAUGCGAUCUUCAUUACAGAAGAAGAAUGGGUUGCUUUUGUAGCCCAAAGAAGAGACGAAAAUUUCAAGAAAGUGAGUGCCACAAAUCGCGAGAGAGCGUCAAAUCCCACGUAUGCAUACAAAAAAGGGCGUUUGGGAUAUGCACGCUUAGAGGAAAAAAUUUUAGACGAGACGAAAAGUGACGCAACAUCACUUCCGCCACAUGUUUUGUGGAAAGAAGCUCGUGUGGGAAAGGAUGGAACUGUUAGGGAUGACGUUCAACAUAUUUAUGAUGAAUGUGAGACCCUAUCUCAAUCGAUAAGCACAGCUGAGGACCAGGAGAACAGGAGCGUACUUAGUAGAGCACUAAAUGUUCCUGAGUAUCCCGGUCGGGUGAGGGGUAAAGGGCAUGGUUGUACUCCAACUUCCUUGUAUAAGAAUCCAAGGAGAAGAAAUCCUAGCAAUCAAGAAGUGAUGGAGACGUUGCAGGCAUUACAAGCGCAAGUUCUUCAAUUGCAAAAGGAUAAUGAGAGAUAUAGGUGUAUGGAAAAGUGCAGUUCACAGUUGAAAGAAACUAGUGAGAAAGCCAGUAUCAAUUGUCAAAAUAAAUUUCCCGAGGUAUUUGCUCAAGGGUCACAACAACUGAGCCAGAAAAUUGGUAGUCGACAGAAAAACAAAAGGGAUCUUCCAGUGACUUCUUUGCCAAAAAAAGGUGCUUUUGUGCCUCGAUACCAGAUAUCUCUUGAAACACUUGUUGACUCAUCAGAUAUGGCAACAGCUGGUGCUAUUCGCUUACUGGAUAUGGAGGAAGAUAUCUUUGGUUAUUCAUGCACUGAAACAAUCGGAAAAGAAGAUCAUUAA